AUGAUUUGGCUUAUUUUUCUUCCGAUUUGUUUUGCAAUUGAGUUUUUUAUCAUCCCACACAGUCACUGCGACCUGGGCUGAGUAGAAACAAUUGAGGACUACUACAAAAAACAAGUGAGAAGCAUUUUUCAAAACAUAAUUACUUUACUAUCAGAAAAUCAUGAUAGGAAAUUCGUAUGAUCUGAAACAUCAUUCCUCAAAAUGUUUAUGGAUGAAGCUGAAGCAGACGAUAAAGAAGUAAUAAAAAGGUUCAUAAGUGAAGGGAGACUUGAAAUUGUAGGUGGAGGAUUUGUUCAAAGUGAUGAGGCAAACCCUGAUAUUGAAAUGGUUAUUAGGCAAAUCGAAACUGGGCAUAACUAUUUGUAUGAGAACUUUGGGAUAGAGAAAGUUAGGGUUGCCUGGCAAAUUGAUCCGUUUGGGCACUCAGCACUAACUCCUGCUAUACUUGCGAAUUUUGGGUAUGAGUUUUUGGUUAUAAAUCGAGUUAAUUAUCGCUAUAAAGAGCAAUUGAUUGAAGAUGGGAACUUGGAAUUUAUAUGAAAAGGCUCAGAAAUUGGAGAUAAUCAUAUGAUUUUUACACAUCUUUUAUAUGAUCAUUAUGAUUAUCCAAGCCUUUUUAAUAUAAAUUCCAAUGAUUACUGUAAUGCAACCAAAGAUUUAGAUACUUGGUAACAUUAAUGUAGCUCUGAAGAAUUAUAUGAUUUUGCUAUUGAUAGAAAAUCUGCAUAUAAAACAGAUAAAAUCAUGCUUUUAUAUGGUGAGAGAGAGUUAAUUAUCGAGGGUAAAAGCGGGGUUUAUUUCAGCCCCUAAUCCAGUCGAGCUCAGCUUCACGCUCAAUGUGGCGCUAGCCACUAAAGCCACCUAAAGCCCUUUUCUGUCCACGUCAUCAAAAAUGGUGACAUCGACAUCUUUCAGGGAAACUCACCCGAGAGCCUGCUUGGACCAAAAAAACUUCAGCAAAGGACUCUCUUAAUCCCUGGCAGUGCUCAGGGUAUGAGGGGCACGUCCAAAGCCUCCUUCUGAAACUACCUCCGCCAUUUACAAGCAGCAUAAUGCUCCUCCAGAAGUGCCUACUUGGUAUUGCGCCGUCGGUCUUUCGUCUGUAGGUCGAGGAGAGGCUCAGUCAGCCCAAACCUGCUCCCACCCCGGAAACCACACCCCAUCCGACCCCGUGGCCCUUCGGGGCCACCAUUUUGUUAAGUGACCCCGAAUUCUGGAACUUUUUCUUUUUCUGUCGGACUGCGGCCUUCGCCAUCAUGAAGGCGUAAUUUCUUUUUAUAUGGUGAAGAUUUCUCAUAUAAUGAGAUAAAUAAAGCAAGAGGGCUAUUUUCAUAUAUAGAAAACUUAAGAGAUUAUAUUAACGCUUCUCCAAAAUUCAAGAAACUAAAGUUUUCCUUACGAAUCGCUACGCCGAGUGAAUACUUUGAAGCAGUUCAACAAAGUUUCAACGCAUUUUCUUAUUAUAAAGGUGACUUUUUCCCAUAUGUCACUUUAAAAGGUGGAAGACCUACAUAUUGGACAGGCUUUUACACAUCAAGGCCAAAUCUCAAAAAAUUAAUAUUUAACACACACAAGCUUACAAGAUCAGCAGAAAUUUCAAAGGCUUUUAUUGAAGACAAGCAAUAUGAUUCGGAUCAGGCUAGCUUAAGUCUACACCAUGACAUUAUAACAGGUACUUGUAAAGACCAUGUGUAUGCAGAUUUUAAGUCUAGGCUAGAUAAAGAAAAAUCGAAAGCUGUUAGUGCUAUAAAUGAUGCUUUGAGGAUUAUGCUAAUUGAUGCAGGUAAAAACCCUGACAAAAUUGAAUUUUUCAAGCCUUAUAGGACCAUUAUUGUUCACAAUCCAUUGAACUGAAAUGCUAAAAAGUUGAUUUCUUUAACCUCAAAAUUUAAUUAUUUAGAAAUUUAUGACUGAAAUCUGAAUGCUAUAAAAUCGCAGUCAGUCAAAAAUAUUUUGGACUCGAAUUAUACAAUUUAUUUCAAAAUUGAAUUGCCUGCACUUUCCUACCAAACAAUGUUUAUACUUUUCAAAAAUUAAAUUCAAAAAUAAUUAUAUGUAAAAAAACUAUUUUCUAUAAAGACUAGGCUAUUAGAUACUGAUAAUAAUUUAAGCAAUUUCCAUAAAUAAAUUUAUUAUUGAAAAUUCAGAAAAUUGCCAUUAUUGUUCCAAAGGAUCAAGCAGCAAUGAGCAGCUAAAAAUUUCUGACUCAUUUUACACUAUAAAAUUCAAUGAAUAUGGAAUGUCUGAUUAUAUCCAAUAUAAAGAUAUUAAGACAGACUGGAAACAGCAAUUUUGAAGCUACUAUGGUGAAGCCAGCGGUGCUUAUGCUUUUCAGCCAAAAGAUUCAGGAGAAGAAGUUUCUGAUUUAAAAUUAAGCUCAUUCAUGAUAUCUCAUGGUCCUAUCGUGAGUGUCGCUCAAUUUUUAUAUAAAAGAACAAAAGAGAUAGCCGGGCUAAAUUAUUACUAUCAAACAGUAAUUUUGUACAAUGAGCCUAAGUUUAUAUGAAAAUAUGGCGCUUAUGCUUAUUCUAACGAAGAAAUCACUGUUCGCUUUUCCAGUAUCAAUAUAAAAGAUGCAGCAUGGCUAGGCACUUCUAAUACUGGGGAUUUAAGGUUAAGAAAAUAUAUCUUACUUACUUACUUAAUUAUCUGGUGUUUAAGGUGUCUAGUGCCGCAGCCCAAAGGGCCUAUGGCAAAACUGAUGACGUAGGCGAGCCAUCUUGGCACGGGUCAGCCCCGUCCAAGCCUUCUAUCAACUCCUGCUUCACCAGCCCUGCUGCACGUCUCACCCGGCGCGUUGCCGUCGCCCUUGUCGCUCGACUCAGCUCCUGCGCGUGUUCCGCCUAAGGGUCAUCCCUCCCGUGGGAUGUGCUGAGAGGUAAAAGCCCGAAAUCUUGAGUGGACUGAGGAGUGGUUCCUCUGGUUAUCCCCAGAGUUAAACCGCUAUUGCUGUCCAGAAGUUCUCGAGUGAAAACCUAACCCUAUAAAUAAAAUUCCAUGAGGGAGAGAAAAUUAGCAAAGCUAAUUUCUCUCGAACCGAAUGCCAUUUUAUUUAUAAGAAAAUAUAUCAGUGAAAACCGCCCAUCUAGAAAAGGAAUGAACAUGUAUCCUAUCCCUGGAGGUUUUAUGGUAAAGUUAGAGAAUAUUUAUAUGGCUGCUUUUCCAAAAUUUACACUUGGGCUCGGAAUUGUAAGCAAUAGUGCUUUUGAGCUUUUGCUACAAAGAAAUUUAAAUAAUGAUGAUGGUUUUGGCCUUCUGCAAGGCUUAAACGACCAAGAGCUUGCUGAGCAUGUAUUUGAUUUUGAGUUUGGAACUUUGGACCAUACAGAAUACUGGAAAUCUUCUCUUGAAUCUAAAAAUGAUCCAAUAAUAUUUCCAAUAAUUGAUGAAAAAAGUCUAACGAUAAGUGAAAAUAAAUGGUAUAGCCCAGGAGCGAUUUUUGAUCGCCCUGGGCUAUGAUAAGGCUCAAAACUCCCCCGAGUUGGUUUUUCAACUCAAGUUGACAAACCAGCUCGGGGUCUUGACAAACGCCUCUCAUAAAAGGUAUUUGCCAAAUCCCCGAGUUGGUUUGUCAACUUGAGUUGAAAAACCAACUCGGGGAGUUUCUGAGCUUUAUCAUAGCCCAGGGCGAUCAAAAAUCGCUCCUGGGCUAUAUUUUGGCCAAGAAUUAAAAGAGAAAUGGAAAUAUAAAACACAUUACAAUAUAGGAAUAAAUGAUCAAAGAUUUUAUUUGCUGAGCGGAGUCGUGAAGAAUGAGAAUACUGUAAUAAGGGUUUGGAAUUUCAAUAAAGGAUCACAGAGUUUAAAUAUAAAAGGUGUUGAUGUUAAAGAAAGAAAACUGCUUGGAGGGUUUAUGGACUAUAAAAUUAAUGAAAAAUUAAAAACUGUUAAAGAAAUCGAAUUUUAUCGAAAUGAAGGCAAUGGGAUGGCGCAGAAGCUAGGAGGAAAAUAUAAUGAUGCAUGGGGUACGCUAAUGCUAGGCAGUAUGGAAAUUGCAACUUUUAGAAUAAUCAAUAAUUUAUCUGAUAUAAAAGAGGAAAGCAAUGAAGGCAAGCAAACUCCAAAAAUCAUAGGAAAUGACAGCACAGCUGAUAAGCACUCUCAAAAAAGCAAAAUAAAGCUUGUAAAACUCGAAAAUGCUCAAGAAAACACCGAAACAUUCAAAUUUCUAGAAUACAUCCUAAUAUCCUUUUUAACGUUCGCUGCUUUGUUUUUCCUCUACAAGUAUUACAAACGGCAGACAAACUCCAAGCGAAAUAAAUAUUCUUAA